GGGGGAGCGAAAGAGCAAAAGCCCAGGCUCAGUUUUAGAGCCUGGGAACUGUGUCUACAAAAAUGACAGCUAGAGCGUUCUGGCUGCUCUGUUUGAUCGUUGGAUCAUCUCCCGAAGCCCCAGUGGCGGAAAGAAAAGCCUCGCCGCCGCACAACAGGAAACCCGACCCCGGCGGCGGCCCGAGCGCGGAAGAGACGCCAGGGCCCCGGGCGCACUCAGCCCCCGAGGCCCCGCGGCGGCCGCAUUCGGCCGAGGCCGCUCCCCGCUUCUGGUCUGACCCGCGGCGCCGGAAGCCCCCGCCGCUCGCGGAGAACAGGGUCGGCUUCCGGGAGGCCGUGCGCGCGCCCGCUGGCCCGCCAAGCCCGCGCCUCGCGCAGGCUGAGAACCGCGCGUCGCCGCGCCGCGUGCCCGCGCCGGAGGACUCCCCGAGGCGCGCGCGCGCCCGGUCCCUGCGUUUCCCGGCGGCGAGGCCGCCUGAGCGCGCCGCCGAGGCUUCCACCGGCCCCGCCCACCCCAACAGACCGCGCGCCGCCGCGCCGCCCCCGCUUCCCGCGCCACCGCGGAGGGAUGCGGAGCCCGCCGCCGAGCCCUGCGCGCGCUCCUGCAGGGCGGACCUGGACGAGCACGAGUCCUUCUGCGCGAGCGAAUUCGCAGUGAACGGAAUCGUGCAUGAUGUGGACGUGCUCGGCAUAGGGAUCCGGCUGGUGACUCUGCUGGUGGACCGGGACGGGCUGUACAAGAUGAACCGCCUGUACAUCACUCCGGACGGGUUUUUCUUCCGAGUCCACAUAUUAGCCCUAGACGCCUCCAGUUGCAAUAAGCCCUGUCCAGAAUUUAAACCUGGAAGCAGGUAUAUUGUGAUGGGCCACAUCUACCAUAAGAGACGCCAGCUCCCUACAGCUCUGCUCCAGGUCCUGAGAGGACGCCUCCGACCAGGAGAUGGGCUGCUCAGGAGCAGCAGCAGCUAUGUGAAAAGAUUUAACCGAAAAAGGGAUGGGCAAGUUCAAGGUGCAAUUCAUACCCAGUGCAUUUGAAACCUACCAUCCAGGCAUUUCUGGAUCAUAUAAGACUGGGAAUUCAGCGACAAGACAGGAAAGGUCUAUCUUCGUGUAAUGGGAUCUUCCUUUAGAAUAGGGCACACGGCUCCCUUAUGAACUAGUUGCAUAGUUCUGGUUCUAAUCUUAAAUUGUCACUUAUUUACAAAAUGCUUCUUAAAUGGUAUGCUUCUGAGCUCUGUGGCAGUUAUUCAACUACAGGGCCAGUUAGUCACUGCUCAGAUAACUGACCUGUCUAGUUAACAGAUCACUGCUUCAUGUUGUUUAUUUUUAAUUAUUUUAAUUUAAAUACAUUCUUCAGUAGAAAUAGUUCACAAAAAACAUUUGGUUUUAAAUAUACAACUCUGAAUAGUUUAUAUCACGUAUCAAACCAAAUUUCAUACUAAAACCAUCACAUUUAAAAUUCUGUACAUAACAGUUAAGUGCACUAGUCAGACAUAUGAAAUGUCAUUUAGAUCAAACACUAGGGUCAGAAACCAAGACGAGUAUUAAAGUUUUACAAUUAAAGAGUACUAAAGGGCUUAGUUCAAGCAAAAUGAUAUUCAAACAAGUGUUCCUGAUACACCAAAACGUGAGAUAGUUUAUUUUUGCUCCUCCCUGCUCCUAAAAACGUUUAUUUUGUACCAACCUGGCAGCUAUUCCAAUGCUAAGCAUAUUCUGGGUGUAUCUAAUGUCAUUUUUCUAUUAAGACCAAGUAUCAUGUUUGUGUUUGUAAAGCAGUAAAUCUUGCCUUGAAAUCAGAUCUUGGAUGCACCUGUUUUUUUAGCCUCAUUGAGCUCCAAAGGUUUGGGAAAGAGCCUUUCUCAUACUCCCCAAACCCUGGGACUAAUAUUCAGUGACAGCUUGCAAGCAUGCGAAUUUUAAACACUUUCCAGCUGGUUUAAAGGCGGCUAAAUCACGAGCUGAAUUUAAUAUCGAUUUUAUACAUGAGAACGCAAAGACAUUAAGUUUUUUUUUCCAGAAGAUCAAGCUCUGCUUCAGUUAAUUCAAAACACUGAGACACCGAUAAUCUAUGGUUGAAGAUUACUGCUUAAGGAAAGAUAAGAACUGCCCUAGAGAGAGAAAAACAGCCUAUUUGGUCUCAUAGGAGAUGCGCUCAGGGAGUUCACAAUAUGUCUGUAGGCUGCCCUGGUACACAGUCUUCAAUGGCUACCCAGAAACACUAUAUAUGUAAAGGGCAUUUAGGACAAUAGAGAAUUCACGGGGACAGCCUAAGACCUGAAACUGAUUGUGAUGGGCAAAUACUGUUACCUUUGUCCCAAAUUGGAGGCAGAGGUGAGAUAAAAGUUGAGAGGUUCUGAGUAUUCUAUGGUAAAGCAUCACUGAUUUUUAGAGAAUUUUCCAAAAAUGAGUCUUGCCCAAAUUCACUAAAAGCCGUUCUAGAAUUGCUUCUUGGAAGUCAACUGCACCAUUACAUGAACUAUUGGCAGCAGCGUAUGCAGUGAAUGAAGAACUUCUGGGUUAGUUUUAAGAUAAAAAUUAAAAGAAACAUUCAGUAGCACCAGCCACAAAAAUCAAAGCUGAAUUUUUACAUAGCAAAAGAUUUAGUGGUGAUUUUAAGUAACAUGGUGGGGAAAACUACAAAUUGGCCAAAAAGAUAAAGUAUUGGAUGGUUAGAUGUUAAGAGCAUAAAGAGUUAUAAAUAGCUCUGCUUUAAAAGAGAGGAAAAACACUUUCACAGAAGCCUGAGGGUUAGGGUUUGAUUAGACUGAUAAUACUGUUUCUGAAAAGUUCUGUUAACUUAAAAAUCACCAGAACUGUGUGACCUGUGUGAUACUUGGAGGUCACACAGUUAGUACUCACACCCUGGCAAACACAAGCAGGCAGGCCAGAUUUUUAGAAACUGCCUCAUUAAAAUUAAGGCCAUCGUUCAAGAAUAUGUGUUGCCUGGAGGCAAUCAGUGGUCGGUGCCAGCAUGUACACAGAAGACAGUGAGGAACAGACUGGUAAUUCCAGAGUAACAAAACAGGCUAAGAAGCAUCCCAUUUUCAAAAUUCAGUCAGUACCUUUGAUAUAAUCCCUAAUUUUAUGAAGACCUUCAAUUAACAGAUUCAUUGUAGUUCCUAAUCCUCUAAUCCUGAUAGAUUUUUCUUCAUACAUGGGGUUGUGUUUCAAAGACUAGACUACAUGCACACGUUAUAGUCUCUCAUCAAUAAAACAGUCUGUUGCCUUUCAGAGCAAUUCAGUAGCAUCCAUUCAUCGAAUUCUUUUGGUAGAUAAAGGUCUAUAAAACAUAUACUUUUUUUGGUACUAGUUUUUACUUUAAAAAUAAGAAGGUAUCUUUGGCACUGUUUAUAUUUCUCUUAAUAUUUUUAAGGUUGAUCAAACACAUGUAUAUGCCAACUGCCUACGAUGUAUAACCUCGAUUUCAAGUACAGGACUUUAUCAUUUAAAAAACGUAACAAUUCUUCAGUUGAUUUCGGUCCAAACUGGAUUAAGUGAGGUGUGUUCUAAGAUUUUUUUUUCAGUAUCUAAGUACCAGAAGUACCUCAGAAUAUUUCAAAUUAAAAAUAUUCAUGGCUGCCUUUGACCCCCCAAGUGCUUUUAAGACAUUACUUUGCCCAUGAGAUACCAACCAUUCUCAUUUUCAGGACUAGAAAUCUGAGAAUUAUGGGUAAUAGCCUCAAUCAUGAGAAGAGUGCUACAAUAGUCAUGUAGCCUUGUCUAGCUCAGCCUGUAAGCACACAUUUAAGUCACCAGAUUGGCUCUUUAAUAUCAGAAACACAAAAAGAUGCAGGGAGUUUGCCUAACAGAAAAGAAUAGAAACAGGGAAAGAACUUCUGUUUGCAGAUUUUAGGAAGGUAUACAAACACCAGCAAAUCUCAGUGUCUUUAACAUUCCAGGCCAUUUGAGAUAUAAAAAGGUAAUUUUUACGUUAGAAAAUAUCUCUGAAAGUCCACAACUUUUUAACCUACUGCAGGACAUUAACUAAAAUACAAAUCCUGCAGAAUUUGGAUAGGAGAGAAAAACCUUGCCAGUAUUAUGAAAAUAUUUUUUAUGAAAUAGUUUCAAGAACUGUGAAGUUGGCAGAUGAAACAUAAGCACUGAAAAUACUUUUGAUCAGGGAAAUGUACUGAUGCAAAUUAAAUGUAUUUACAAGCCCAAAGACUGGGUAGAAAAAUCCUAACAGUAUCACAAAUGUACCUUCUGUUAUUACUUGGAUUAUGGAAAGCAAAAUAUCUGUAAUAUGUGUAUCUUAAAAGCUUGUCAAAGAAUACUCAUAGAAAAGCAGCUAUUGAAGCUCAGUAUGCAGUAAGAAUGUAUGCUUUUCAAAAAUCACUUUUGAAAGACUAAAGCUCUGUAUUGAUAAAACUAUAAAACGUCUAUGUAUUUCUAUACUGAUAGAAAUUGCAAAAGGCUUUAUACUAUUAAAUACACAUAUGGAAUUAACAUCU